AUGCUUACGCCAACGCUGAUCCUCGCACUGCUUCCCCUGGUAUUCCUCUAUCUGUGGCGCCGGCUUCGAUAUCUGCGAUUCGAACAGUAUGCCUCGUGGCCGCAACUCCCCCCUUCCCUCGUCUGGGGCCACAUGAAGGCGCUGAACGACUUCGUCAAUCGCGGCGAACGUCGCAGACAUGUCGACCAUGUAUUCGAAGAUGUGAAGGCCUACCUGGGCAAUCCGCCGCUGUAUUUCCUCGACCUUCGCCCGGUGGUGGGCGUCCUCGGCAUCGUGUGCAACCAUGAAAUCGCCGAGCAGAUCGCGAGAAGCACAAAGACCUUUCCCUAUAGUAUGGGCAAGUCUCCAACUAUGAAAGCGCUGGAGCCGUUACUGGGGCCCAAUUCUUUGAUCACAGCCGAGGGCGAUAAAUGGAAAGCUCUACGCAAGCGCUAUAAUCCGGGCUUCGCUCCUCAGCAUCUUCUCACAUUGCUGCCGUGCAUUAUCGACAAGGCGCGGAUCUUCGUUCAGUGUCUUGAUGAAUAUGCCCGGACGGGAGAGGAAUUCUCCCUCGAGGACCGCUGCACCAGUCUCACGCUGGAUAUCAUCGGAGCCGUAACAAUGGACACAGACAUGCACGCCCAACGCCUACCCCACCAACAAAGCCCCCUCACCCGACUCUACCGCCAACUCCUCGCCAGCUACAGCCGCGACAGCAAUAUCAGCAAAUUCCGCCUCUCCUGGCUCCUAGUCCCCUUCACGUAUCUCCGCCGCAAGCAUCUCGUCCGCCAGAUCGACGCCAUCCUCAUCACACACAUCAAGGCGAAAUACGCUGAGCAGCAGCAGCAGCAUCGGCAACAACAAACUCAAACCACCACAUGGGACAGAAAUCCCACCUCCCGCAGCGUCCUCGCCCUCAGCCUCCAAGAAACCGACACCGACCACCUGACUCCAGAAUUCCUCCACGAAACCGCCGACCAGCUCAAAUCCUUCCUCUUCGCCGGCCACGACACCACCAGCAUCCUCCUGCAAUGGACCUUCUACGAACUCAGUCGGACUCCGCGUGUGCUGCAGGCUGUCCGGCGCGAGCUGGAUACGAUCUUCGGCAAGGAUACGUCCUCUUCACCGGAUGCAGUCGCGGAAAUGUUGUUGAACAGUGGCGGGGAAGACAAGUAUCUCUCGCAGAUGACGUUUACCGCGGCAGUCAUCAAGGAGAUCCUCCGCCUCCAUCCCCCCUCAGGUUCAGCGCGAUAUGCACCCCCAGGAACAGGGUUCAUAGUGACGCUUCCGGACGACGGACGGACGAUAUGUCUUGAUGGGGUGGUGAUGUAUAACUGUGCGACAGUGGUGCAGCGCGACGAGGCGGUCUACGGGCCGACGCGGGAGGAGUUCUGGCCUGAGCGGUGGUUAGAAGGGGGUUUUGGUUCCUGUGGUGGUGCUGUUGAAAGUGGUGGUCGUGGUGGUGGUAGUGCAUCUCCCAAGGAUGGUGAGAAGUUGAAGUUUGGAGGUGGUGCAGAGCAGAUCCCCGCAAGUGCGUGGCGACCCUUUGAGCGCGGCCCUCGCAACUGUAUCGGGCAGGGGCUUGUGUAUCUCGAGGUCCGGGUCAUUCUUGCGUGUACGCUCCGGUAUUUCGAUUUCGAGAAGGUUGGGCUAGGGGCUGUUGCGCGGGAUUCGGCGGGUGAGCCGGUGCUGGAUGCGGAGAGGGGCCGAUUUGAGGUUGUGGAGGAGUUGUUUAAUACGAUGCAGGUCACUGCUAAGCCGGUGGAUGGGAUGAGGAUGAAGGUGAGGUUUGCUUCUGGGGAGUGAGAGGUUGGUAUUUGUGGAUAGGGUGGAUGGGUGUUUUGUGCAUGGGUUGCUAGGUGCUGUGAAGGUAGACCGAGAACCGGUGGAUAUUUUAUUGAAUGAGAAGAUGGCAGGCAUCCUAAUAUUGCGAGACACGUCGCGAAAAAGAAUCGCU